UUGAACAUGUAGAGCCCUCUUGGAUUUCCACAGACGUCAAACAGGUAUACAUGUUUGUUACUAACUCCAUGAUGCUUCAUGUGACAAAUAGACAACCCCUCAGCAGUCAGUUUGGUGCCUUCACUGACCCCGCUGUCCAUGCUGUUGUCUUCCUCGCCCUGUUACACUCAUGUAGAGGCGAAGAACUGGAGACUAAAAAACAUCCGUCCUUCAGGGGAAGAACAUCAUUGUUCAUCAAUGAGCUGGAGAAGGGAAACAUUUCAUUGAAACUCUCCAAAGUUAAAGUCUCCGAUGAGGGAGGAUACAAAUGUGUCAUGCUUGCAUUGUCAAAAGCCUCUUCUGUUCAGCUUGUUGUAGGUUCUGUCUCCUCACCUGUUGUUCAGAUGACCAAAAACAACAAUGGAGUGUUGUUAGAGUGUGAGUCUGCAGACUGGUAUCCAGAGCCAGAGAUGUUUUGGCUGGACGGCGAGGGAAACCUCCUCUCUGCUGAACCCACUGAGACAGUCAGAGGUCCUGAUGGUCUCUACACUGUCAGCAGCAGAGUGACUGUGGAGAAGAGCCAUGGGAGGAAGUUCACCUGUAGAGUCACACAGAGGAAGAUCAACCAGACCAGAGAGAACCACCUCACUAUUCCAGAUCAUCUCUUCAUGCUCCCCAGCACUUCCAGUCCUUCCAGUACUCCUCAUACUCAUUUUGUUAUCGGCGCUGUGAUUGGCUGUGCUGCUUUCAUCUUUGUUGUGUGGAGACGGAGACAAAAGAAAUUCAAAAACAAGAAGACGAGACGUGAGGAUGGAAGUGAACACUCUGAGGAAGAAAAGCUAGUCACAUUUAAAAGUGAUAAAACAGGAUUUCAGGUUGUGAAUGAAAAAGAAGAAGAAAGACUUCACCUCAUUUCAGUUAAAGACGAGAACAAUCCUGACAAAACAGGAGAAAAGAGUGAGACUGAAGAUGAGGGACAAAGACGAGAAACAAAUGCUGGAGAUGAGAGUGAACAGGAGACAGUGAAACCAGUUAGAGACGAUUCAGGACAUUCAAUACAAAUAAAACACAUCAACACUGAUCAGAAGAUGGAGAAGGAAGAGACACAACAAGAGGCAGCGAGUGAUGAAGACGAGAAAGAGACAAAAACUGAGAAGGAGAGACCAAAGAAAGAGAAAAAGGAUGAACAAAUAAAUAAAGGAGUCUCUAGAUCAACAGGACAGAAGAAGCAAGAAGGGAAAGGAAUCCAAGUGGAGGCAGAAAGAGAGAGUGUGGAGAGCAAAGAGAUGCUUCAGUCAGAGAUAAAGAAAGGAGAAAACAAAGAUGAGACUGAGCUCAAACAACAAGAAGUAAAUGGUGAUCAAUGUCUCUUCAAAGAUGAUAAACAGGAGAGGAAGAAGGCAGAACCUGAAGAUAAAACAGAAAUAAACAAAGAGGGGAACCAGUUGAACAUUACUACAAUGACAGAAGAGGAAGCAGAGAAGCAAAAGAAGCAAAGCAGUGAGGAUGUAAAAAAGACAGAAGAAAAGAAGGAUGAGUGGGGGAACAAGGUGUCAGCUAAUAUGGAAGGUACAGAGAGGUCAGACCCUGAAAAACAUCAAGAUGAAACAGGAAGAAAGAACCAAGAGGUUUUAGCAGACAAAGACCUUCAGACAGAGAAACACCAGGGAGAAAAAUCUGAACCAGAUCAGGACGAAACCAAAUACCAGCCAGCAGAAUCAAAAGAGGGUGUAGGGGUUGAGAUUAAACAAAGACAAGAAGAGAGGCAGGAAGCUGGUCUACAAGAGGACAAUGAUACAACUCAAAGGAAGUCUGUGGAGAUACUAAACCAAAUUAGAGGAGUAGAAGAAGAAAAGCAGGCAGAGCAACAACUGGAUGUAAAGGUAAAAGUCAGAGAGCAAAGAGAGGAAUCUAAAGAGGGGGUAAUGGUGGAGGAUAAUGGAAGAGGGGAGGAGAGUUUAGAGACUGACAGAAAAGCUUCUGUUGAUGAAACCCAAAGGAAGGCUGAGGGGAAAGAAAACCAAAGAAGAAGAAGAGAAGAAGCAACCAGACAAGCAGCUGCACGCAGACGAGAAUAUCAGCAUAAAGGUAAAGGAAUCACAGAGGAGAUAAAAGUAGAGUGGACAGACGGAGAGAAACAGGAGUCUGUAACUGAUAAAGAAGCUGACACAGAUGAAACCCAAAAGAAGCACAAGACGAUAACAUCAGAAUCCAAAGGAGGAGAACAACAGCUGAUGCUGCAACAUUCAGACAUGAAUAAAGAAAUGAGAGAGAGAGGAGUGGAGGGUCAGGAGGACCUGCAGCAGGAGGAGGACAUGGAGACUGAUCAAUCUCAACUAAAUGUCAUACAAAGUAUUGAACCACGAAAUACACAAGAGGAAGGUCUCCAUAUAGAUCAGCAACAAAGAGACGAUAUAAGGAGGAAUUCAGAAGAAGGCAGUAUGCAGAUAGAGGCUAGUUCUGAAAUGCGAACACAGGGUCAUGAAGAGCAAAAUAUGAAUUUAAUAAAGGAACAACAGCAGCAGGGGGAGGACAUGGAGACUGAUCAACCUCAACCAAAUGUCAUACAAAGUAUUGAACCACUAAAUACACCAUUUCAAUAUGAAUCAGCUACAGAGGGACAGAGUAAGGAGGCUUUUGGUAGAGGACAGAAAGAGGUGCAGCCCCAAAACAUCAACACUGAUCAGAAACAAAGACAAGAAGAGAGGCAGGAAGCUGGUCUACAAGAGGACAAUGAUACAACUCAAAGGAAGUCUGUGGAGAUACUAAACCAAAUUAGAGGAGUAGAAGAAGAAAAGCAGGCAGAGCAACAACUGGAUGUAAAAGUCAGAGAGCAAAGAGAGGAAUCUAAAGAGGGGGUAAUGGUGGAGGAUAAUGGAAGAGGGGAGGAGAGUUUAGAGACUGACAGAAAAGCUUCUGUUGAUGAAACCCAAAGGAAGGCUGAGGGGAAAGAAAACCAAAGAAGAAGAAGAAGAGAAGAAGCAGUCAGACAAGAAGCUCAGACAACAGCUAAAGGAAUGACAGAGGAGAUAAAAGUUGAGUGGACAGACGGAGAGAAACAGGAGUCUGUAACUGAUAAAGAAGCUGACACAUAUGAAAUCCCAAGGAAGCGCAUGAAGAAAACAUCAGAAUCCUAAGGAGGAGAACAACAGCUGAUGCUGCAACAUUCAGACAUGAAUAAAGAAAUGAGAGAGAGAGGAGUGGAGGGUCAGGAGGACCUGCAGCAGGAGGAGGACAUGGAGACUGAUCAACCUCAACCAAAUGUCAUACAAA